GGCGAGGGCACUUUCUGGGGAGCCGAGCGGCCGCCCGGCUCGGGGACCCUGGGCGCGGGCAGGGCCGCCCCUCGCUGCGCCCCGCUCGGGGAGCCCCAGGCGCUCGCUCCGGGCCGCGCCAAGAGCACCAUGCCGCAGAACGUGGUCCUCCCGGGCCCCGCGCCCUGGGGCUUCAGGCUCUCGGGGGGCAUAGACUUCAACCAGCCUUUGGUCAUCACCAGGAUUACUCCAGGAAGCAAGGCAGCAGCUGCCAACCUGUGUCCUGGAGAUGUCAUCCUGGCUAUUGAUGGCUUUGGUACAGAGUCCAUGACUCAUGCUGAUGCACAGGACAGGAUUAAAGCAGCAGCACACCAGCUGUGUCUCAAAAUUGACAGGGGAGAAACUCGCCUAUGGUCUCCGCAGGUAUCUGAAGAUGGAAAGGCUCAUCCUUUCAAAAUCAACUUAGAAUCAGAACCACAGGAUGUGAACUACUUUGAACACAAGCACAAUGUUCGGCCCAAACCUUUCAUAAUCCCUAGCCGAAGCAGUGGAUGCAGUACUCCGUCCGGUAUUGACGGUGGCAGUGGACGUAGCACCCCUUCUUCUGUCAGUACUCUUAGUACAAUUUGCCCAGGUGACUUGAAAGUUGCUGCUAAGAUGGCCCCUAACAUUCCUUUGGAAAUGGAACUUCCUGGUGUGAAGAUUGUACAUGCUCAGUUUAAUACACCUAUGCAGUUGUACUCAGAUGACAAUAUAAUGGAAACACUUCAGGGUCAGGUUUCAACAGCGCUAGGGGAAGCACCCUCAAUGAGUGAACCCACAACCACCUCGGUGCCCCCCCAGUCGGAUGUGUACCGGAUGCUCCAUGACAAUCGGAAUGAACCUACUCAGCCUCGCCAGUCGGGCUCUUUCAGAGUGCUCCAGGAAUUAGUGAAUGAUGGGCCUGAUGAUCGUCCUGCUGGAACACGGAGUGUGAGAGCUCCAGUUACAAAAGUCCAUGGUGGUGCUGGCAGCACACAGAAGAUGCCACUCUGCGACAAAUGUGGGAGUGGCAUUGUUGGUGCUGUUGUGAAGGCGCGGGAUAAGUACCGGCAUCCGGAGUGCUUCGUGUGUGCUGAUUGCAACCUCAACCUCAAACAAAAGGGCUACUUCUUCGUGGAGGGGGAGCUGUACUGCGAAACUCAUGCAAGAGCUCGCACGAGGCCCCCAGAGGGCUACGACACAGUUACUCUUUAUCCCAAAGCUUAAUUAAGCCUUACACACCCCUGAGCACGCGCACACUCACAUGCACGUACACAGGAACACAUCGAUGGCUUUGGGCAGACGUAGAGCAAUCUGUUGACUCCAAAUCUAAAACCAAGGCUUUUAGACAUUUAUCUUAUUGUUACUGAAGAAAAGGAGUGCGAGACAAAUGCCUGCUAUAAAUGUAUGUGGAAACAUUCAUUUAGCUAUGUUUUUUUCAUAGCUCUUUUUCUCUCUGGGGCUAGCAAUAACUUAAUAACAUUUAAAGCAAUAUUUUUUUUGUAUGUCAUACUCCACCAUUUAUAUUUAUGCUAUGACAUCGAGAUAUUUGGGGGAGUCUCAUGAUCUUUCCUUAACAAGCUGAUUUUGCGAAUGUAGUAAAUACCAAAUGACAAUCUUGUAUUCUAACACAACCUGCAAUUGUCUCUUACCUGUUUUAACUACUAUACUGCAUGUCAGAAAGAAAUUCCCUAGAUUGCUCUAGUUUCAUAUUCAAAUAAUUAUACCACCAGAUGCAACAUACAUAAUAAACACAUAAAAUAUUUUUAAAAUACCUAAUGAAGUGGCACUCGAUGAAUUCAAAGAAAAUCAACAUUCCAACAAGAGGGCCCAACCAUAUCUCGACAUGUACAUUAACAACUUAGGUAUUUUAAGAAAAAAUGUGGCUUCUUUAGUUUUUAUAAUUCCUUCACUCUUUCUUUUGAGCCCACAAUUUCUGCUAAUAGGAGGGACACUUAAAUUUGCUAAUUAAAGAUAAUUCAGUCCCUUUCCCAUAAAAACAGUUUCUUGUGCUUUGAAAUAGUCUCUUGCAUUUUAUAAAUGUUUCUUUCAGACGAAAUAUUCAAUCAAUACAAGGCUCAGACCUCG